AAUUGAUAAGAAUUUGAUUUUCAUCAUGGUAUUGACUUGAAUACAUGUUUUUUCUUAUAACCGGCUAUAUAUUAAUCGAUGGCGGAUUUUAGCGCCAUCUUUGACAUCCAAGCCGCUACCAAUAUAAAGUUGGGGAUACGUAAAACUUCCUAUGUCAACGAUAUCUCGAGAAAGUUACAUUCCAUAAGCGCACAGAACAGACGCAACGUUCCCACUGUCAAAUUGCUCCGAUAAGCACACGUGCCUACGUGGACGAUAAGUCGUGCAGCUUUGUAUUUCGUAGAAGGUUUUUAAAAUAUAGUUUACGUGAUCGGAGUUUAGUAAAGGGUAAACGCCCUCUAAUGUCAGUGCCAUCGCAAACGGUGUUAGUUUCGACAUCGCAGUGAACAUGAAUGGCACAUCGCGUAAAGUGAAAAAUCCGUUGUUGUCCGCCGCUGGUCCAGGCUUUCCCUUCGACAAUUACACGGAAAACACAUUGCUUGUGCCAGUCACACCCGCGACACCAGCUGUGCUCCGAGAUGAUACUGAGCUCGACAAUUUCAUAGGACAAAAAUCGGUCAAUAUCCAAUCUUCAUCAAGGACGAACGAGGAUUCUUCUACGAAUGUAUCUUCUCAGCCAAAAGAGAACAAGGACACGGUGAAUCAGCAAGCAAAAUCAGGAUAUUUCACAUCGAUUCUCUCUUCUCUACCGAACUUGUCGUUGUCAUCAAUUAAAUCCGAUUCCUUGGGACCGCAAAUAAGUCAGACACCCGAGAACAUCAGCGGAACGACGCACGAAUCUAAUCCUUACAUAACGCCGCAAGGAUACCAUAGUUCUCAGUCGGAAACACCAGGAUUCUUAGCAAUUAAUCCUCAGGAUUCCCGAAGUACAAACUUGUCGGGAUUUGCUGCUUUUGGUCCCACUGGCACUGUAUCCAACCCUCCUCAGCCCGCACUUCCACCCAGUGUAUCUCAACCUGGCUAUGCGCCUGUUUCUUAUCGACUUGGUAACCAACGACGCAUAAAGUAUGCACCACCUCCUGAUCUGACGUCGAACGUAAAUCCAUAUUCGAAUCCAGCAUUGCAGACGUUCUUACCAACCCAAAAUAUUUCUGCACCACCGACAAUUUUGAAUCCAUAUGAAUCAGAGGGAUUGGCGCAGAAUAACAAUUCUAGCGUACAGCAAGCCAGUUCUGAACAAUUUCCAAAAUCCGAACAGCUAUCGCGAAAUAGCUCUCUCCAUAACUCAUUUCGAUCCAGUCCAGUUACAACAGGAGCGUCAUGUAAUACAUCUGUAACGUCUACAAAUCAAAAUCCGUUUUUCGAGAGUUCUUCCGCGUCUGCGCAAUUUCCUUCGUCAUCAUCUCGACCGAUACCUGCACGGAUAUUGGAGCCUGCAACACCACAGAACACUCCGGCAAAUGUUUCAUUUCCCGGUUUCGCUCCUUAUGUGAAUCGAGAUCUACCACCGAUAUCUAAUUUUGACAAAGAGAUAACUGCCCUUAAGAACUCCAAUCAGCUAAAUUCACCGCCGGAAUUUUCGAAAGGCGGUACCAUCGAAACGACCACAGAAUCUGCAUAUAAACCUACAUUGAUACCGGGAGAAACCGAAACGACAUUUGCGCCAAUAUCAGCAGCCAAAGUAACAGAGAAGUUAGAACAUUUGCUUGCGGAACAGCAAGAAAAUUCUUCUUCUGUGGCAGCCACUGAAGCUCUCGCGGAAGUUGAUGAAAUUACAUCUAGCGUCGCUACUGAAUUAACAAAAUCUUUCAAAUCGCAAAGUGACGCACUAAAGGCUACAAAUGAGAUAAUCGAUAAACCACACGAAGCAACGUUGAAUAACGUACAAGGGAAAGCGGCUCAAUCUGGAAGUGACACAUGGAGUGACGUGUUCCUUGGGCAAGAGCCAGCGCAAUCAGUGAUCUGCCCGGAAGUACACACUGCUGAUAACAAUCCAAUUGUAACGGAUCUUCAAACUAAGUCGAACGCACAUCCGUCUCAACAGCAUUACCAAGUGCAAUCAAUAUCUAUGCCAAGCUCCACCUUUUAUAUAGACAAGCCCGCGGAACAAAAGUCGAGCUUAAAUUACGUAUCGCCUAUCCAACUUCCGCAGCAAGUUCCUUCUUCCGUCGAUUUCUACAACUUACCGAAGUCAACGGAACAAUCAGCAAGUGUAUUCUUUGAACCGGCAAAAUCAAAUCAAUUCUCGAGUUUUUCGUUGCAGGAAAAAAAUGCAAAUUCUCCCUUUGGACAACCAGUAGUUAAUGUGACAAAUAAUCCACCGCCAGCUCAAGAAAAUUCUGCGUUCAGUUCUAAAGCGAUCGAUUCCGCGACUCACGUACCGUUUUGGAAUGCCGAUCAAUCUUCUCAAACGCAGUUAAACGUUACAUCCAACCAGCCAGCAUAUACCACGCCUAAUCAAUCGGUAUACACUGCUCCUAUUCAACAACCAGCACCAACAUUUUAUAAUCCUGCCCAAUUUGCGAAUGAGUUGCCUAAGCAAUCAACUUUUCCGCAUACGUACGACCAACAAUCUCUUCAACAGCAGUCGUGUCAAAAUCCGUCGUUUUACGGUAAUAGCGGAUUGCAACAGCCUUACGCUAUUCCCAGUAAUAAUACCGGAUAUCCUUCACCCGCUGUAUCGAUGACAACGUCAGUACCUGAACCGACGGGAUCAGCUACACUUAGUCCUGUUCAAAUGUCAGUUAAUUCGCCAACUAAUCGUACCACACCGGAUACCAUUCCACCGAGUUUUCAAAAUUGGGCCGCUGGAUCUUCCGACAAACGAAUGCAGUACAGAUCAGUAUAUCAUCAUUGGUUUUACCGUAAGGAAGUGGAGAACAAAACGCUAUGGAUGCCGUUCUCCAUGCAAGACAGUUUAAAACUGGAAGAAGUCCACAAUUCGAGUGAUAUUACUCCUGAGACCACAGUGGCUACUGAUGGUGGCCGUUAUGAUGUUGAUAUUUUGCGUCGACAAAGAGUACCCGUAUACUGGACUGGAAAAUCUACCGAAGUUAGACGAUGUUCUUGGUUUUUCAAGGGAGCAGCUGAAGCAAGAUUCGUUCCUUACAAUGAAACCACUGCAGCGAAACUUGAGGACGAAUACAAACUCGCAUGCCUCUCAAACAGUUGGAACCGAAAGAUUGAUUUAAAUAACGGAGAAUAUAUUAUGUUUCAUAGCGCUACAGUCCAGGCUCAUUACUUACCGGCUUCUUCCGAUGCGGCAGGGUCUUGGACAAAUAGCUCUGCUUCAGAGGACAGUGCAUAUUUACAGGGUGCUGCAAGUAAACCAAAAGUUGUUAAAAGAGGAGUUGACGAAUUUAAUAUAGACGAAGGUGAACCUGAAAAAGUGGAUCACCUUCUAUUUCUCGUUCAUGGUAUCGGUAGUGUUUGCGACUUGAAGUUUCGUACUGUAGAAGAAGUUGUUGAGGAAUUCCGAAGUAUAUCAUUUCAAUUGGUGCAAUCACAUUAUCGCACUUCGUGCGAGCAAGGAGUUGUAAAUAGAAUAGAAGUUUUACCGAUCUCCUGGCACACAACACUUCAUUCCGAUACAGGGAUUGAUAAGCAACUCCAAGCUAUCACAUUGGAAAGUAUUCCGAAGUUGCGACAUUUUACUAACGAUACUUUACUCGACAUACUUUUCUAUACUAGUCCGGUAUACUGUCAAACUAUCAUGCAAACAGUGGGAAGUGAGAUGAACAGAUUGCAUGCAUUAUUUAAAGAAAGAAAUCCUUCCUUUGAUGGAGAAAUAUUCUUAGGCGGUCAUUCGUUGGGUAGUUUAAUCAUGUUCGAUCUAUUGUGUCAUCAAAAGCCCGAGAAAGAAAAUAAAGACGAGGAUGAGGAAAAUGAUGAAGAAAAUGAUAAUGAUAUUGGGGCCAUCAAGCCAAUGCCCGCGGCCAUUCUCAAAAGACGUCUUAGUCGUAGAGUCAGCUAUAUGAUGGGGGCCGCAGGAACAGGGCAACCUUACAUACAUUAUCCACAACUAAAUUUUCACCCGCGUGCCUUCUUUGCUCUCGGCAGUCCGAUUGGCAUGUUCGUAACGGUCCGUGGCAUCGACAAUCUUGGAGAAAAUUUCACUCUGCCUACAUGUCCGGCUUUCUUCAACAUCUUUCAUCCGUUUGAUCCGGUAGCUUAUCGAGUAGAAUCCUUAAUUAAUCCAGAAGCAUGCAAAUUCCGACCUAUGCUGAUACCACAUCACAAAGGCAGGAAACGAAUGCAUUUAGAAUUGAAAGAAACGAUGGCACGUGUCGGAGCCGAUUUGAAACAAAAAUUAAUUGAUUCCGUAAGACAAACGUGGAACUCUUUCUAUCAAUUAACCGUAUUUUAUAAGCCAGAUAACCAAGAUCUUGAACGCGAAAUCGAUAAAGUUGUCGAGGAGCAGUUACAGAAUCCGCCAAGCAUACCAGAUCAACGUAACAACGACGAUGGUGGUGCUAAUUUAAAAAUAGGAAAACUUAACGGUGGUAGAAGAAUAGAUUACGUCCUUCAAGAAGCGCCUUUUGAAUAUAUUAACGAAUAUAUUUUUGCUCUUACCAGUCAUAUCUGUUACUGGGAGUCUGAAGAUACUAUGCUUUUGAUACUGAAGGAGAUAUAUGGGUCUAGAGGUAUUCAGACUGACACGCAACUUCCUCAGCAGUCAAUGUCAAUUGAGAGAGUGUCUCCUUCUCCAUCUUUGAAUUUAUCAACUCCUUUGUCACCUAGUGGAAGUAAUGUGACAACGUCACCAGUUAUGGGUAUAGACCCUACAGUGCCUAUGUCCGGUAAACUUGUCGGUCCACCGCCUAAAGCUGGUUUUGUACCGAAAUCCUGAUCGAUGGAUUAUUUUACCCAUAAUUAUAUGCCACAAGAUUAAAUUAUAUUAAAACACAUUAAUUUUACUUAUUAUAUUAAAAAAUAAUACAUAUAAAAAA